AUGAUACUUCCACUAUUAAUUUCUCCUAAAUACUUUUAUUCUUAUCCUUGUUCCACUUAAGUUUUAAGGCACAAUUAUUAGCUUAUAUCCAACAAUUUCAUAUAUGUAGGAACUCUUUAAUGGACGUCAUAGAACCAGUCGUGAAUAUUGUGAAGGAUGUUGUACCUACACUUACGCAGCCUGGGAAGAUUGCAAAGGAGGAAGUUAAAGCUUGGCUAGAGAAAGUAGACCAAGAAACUGCAGAAAAAGUGUUUGAAGAUCUAAUAUGCAAAGGGGGCUGUUUCACAUAUAUUUGCUCCUCAAGAAAGCUCGAUAAAAGGACUCAAUCACUGACUGAAGGAAUAUUUAAGCAAGGAGAAAAGUACACUACUGCUGAUGAGAGUUUGGUCGUAGAUACUCCCUCAAUUGAGUAUUGGGCAACUGUAUUUGAAGAAAAGCAGGAGAGGCUAAAGCACCAAAAGGAAGACGUUGAAGCAAAUUUGAAGACUCAGUGUAUGCAACCUGGAAAGAUUGCAAGGAAGGAAGUUGAAGAGUGGCUAGAGAAAGUAGGCCAACAGAUUGGCAUAAAGCUUGAAGGUCUGAUCAACCAAGGGGGAUGCUCCUCUCUACCCAACCUCAGGAGAAAAAUUGAAGAAUUGAGGCAAAUACUUGAGCAAGGAAAAGAAUUUGCUAAUGCUGCUGUGAUUUUGGUCAGAGAUGAUCACUCAAUCAAAGGACUUCCACUUCUCGUUGAAAAAUGUAGUGGCAGGGAUGAUAUACAAGAAAAAAUUCUGGAAUGGUUGAAGGGAGACAAGGUUACAAGAAUUGCAGUUUCGGGAAUGGGUGGUGUUGGCAAGACAACAAUUAUGAAGAAUGUCCACAACCAACUGUUGAUUGAAUCCAAAUUUGAGAAUGUUAUUUGGGUAACAGUGUCAAAAGACUUUAACAUUACUGUCCAGCAAAAAAUGAAGUUUGAUAUUCUCCAGUUUCAAAAAAAGAUUGCAAGUAGCUUGAAACUAGAACGAGAGCCAGAUCAUGAGAAUGAAACCAAGCUUGCUGCAUUGAUUUCACAAAGGUUGGGGCAGGGCAGCUACCUGCUAAUUCUGGAUGAUGUGUGGGAGCCUUUUUCUCUAGAGGAUGUUGGAAUUUCUAAUCCAGUUGGAAAUAAUGGUUGCAAGUUAGUGCUCACGACACGGUCAAAAGAUGUUGCUCGUGCAAUGGAUUGUAAUGUGAUCCAUGUGAACCCUCUUCCACCUGAAGAAGCAUUAGAAUUAUUCUCAGAGAAAAUUGGAAGUGAUGUGUUUUCAGAUGGCAAAAUUAAAAGAGAUAUAGAGCCAUUUUUUAAGCAAAUUUUGCAGAAAUGUGAUGGAGUACCCCUUGCUAUUGUGACAGUGGCAAAAUCAAUGAAAGGGAAAUUACUUCCUCGUCAUUGGAAGUUGGCACUUUCUGAAUUUAGUAAAUUUGAAAGCAUUAUUGAUUGUUUGAAAUUCAGUUAUGAAUGCCUAGAACAAUAAUGCCAGGAGUGUUUUUUAUGUUGUGCAUUGUAUCCUGAAGAUUAUGAAAUCAGAAAGGAGGAGUUAAUUGAGUAU